AUGUCUCUCACGAAGAAGCUCGCCAUCACCGAUGUCGACCUCAAGAACAAGCGAGUGCUCAUUCGGGUUGGUCAAAACAAGACAUCAUUCGCAUGGGAAGGCGCAGCAAUUGACAUGUAAUGUGGUUAGGUGGACUUCAACGUCCCUCUUGACAAAGAAACCAACAGCAAAAUCACCAACAAUCAACGUAUCGUCGGAGCGCUCCCUACGAUCAAAUACGCAAUCGACCAUGGCGCCAAAGCUGUUAUCCUCAUGUCCCACCUCGGACGUCCAGACGGUCAUCCCAAUCCCAAAUACAGCCUCAAGCCCGUCGUACCAGAGCUCGAGAAGCUGCUCGGAGGAAAGAAAGUCACUUUCACGGAAGACUGUGUUGGUCCGGAAGUCGAGAAGGUCGUCAACAGCACUACCGACGGAGGAGUAAUCCUACUUGAGAACUUGCGAUUCCACCCCGAAGAAGAGGGAAGCUCGAAAGACAAGGAUGGCAAUAAGGUCAAGGCAGACAAGGCAGACAUUGAGAAGUUCCGCAAGGGACUCACUGCGCUCGGAGAUAUUUACAUCAACGAUGCGUUCGGAACUGCGCACCGUGCUCACUCUUCCAUGGUGGGAGUCGAGCUGCCACAGAAGGCUAGUGGUUUCCUCGUGAAGAAGGAAUUGGAGUACUUUGCCGCUGCGCUAGAGAACCCACAGAGACCGUUCCUUGCGAUCCUGGGAGGAGCAAAGGUUUCGGAUAAGAUUCAGUUGAUCGAGAACAUGCUGGACAAGGUGAACAGCCUUAUCAUCUGCGGCGGAAUGGCCUUUACAUUCAAGAAAGUUCUGGAUGACAUGAAGAUUGGCAAUUCGCUCUUCGACGAGGCGGGAAGCAAGAAGGUCAAGGAAUUGGUUGAGAAGGUAAGUACUCUCCACCCCUCAACACAGCGAUCGCGUCCGGCUAACGUUGGAUAUUGCAGGCCAAAUCCAAGAACGUCGCCAUCACCCUCCCAGUAGACUACAUCACCGCCGACGCCUUCUCGGCCAACGCCAACACCGGCUACGCCGAGGACAAGGACGGCAUCGCGGACGGCUGGAUGGGUCUUGACUGCGGCGAGAAAUCUAUUGCCCUCUACAAGAAAGCCAUCGACGAUGCGAAGACCAUCCUCUGGAACGGGCCACCAGGCGUAUUCGAGAUGGAGAAGUUCGCAAACGGUACCAAGGCAACGAUGAACGCUGCGGUGGAAGCUGCGCAGAAGGGAAAGAUUGUGAUCAUCGGUGGUGGUGAUACAGCUACUGUCGCUGCGCAGUAUGGUGUUGAGGAUAAGUUGAGCCAUGUUUCGACUGGUGGUGGUGCAAGCUUGGAGUUGCUUGAGGGCAAGGAUUUGCCAGGUGUUUCUGCUCUGAGUGAGAAGCCGUGA